UAUUAUUCAAUUGGUUUGUUUUGUUUGUUGUACGUGGUGUUGUCAUAGUAACGACAAAGUUUUUGUGAACUGUGAUCAAGUUACUGCAAUAAAUACUCAAAAAGAUUUCGUUGAGUGAUAUAAUACUUCACCAUGGCAGAUGAUGAGGAAGUCGCUGAAGAGGAAGCGGCAGUAGUUGAUGUAGGUGAUAUAGAGAUAGCGGUCUCUGAGGUUGAAGACAGGGCGCUAUCACCUCCUAAAUAUGAAGUGCGACCAGGACUCGGUGAGAAGUUCCAAGCUGCCAACGUGAAGGACAUAAUCCUGACAACUAUGCAGGAACAGUUGAUGGGUCGGCAGUAUCGGUCGGACCAGGCACCGCGCUGGGCGAAGGUUAUUGCCAAUGGAAUUCGACAGAGAGUGCAGGAGCUUGAUAUGAAGAGGUACAAGAUUGUAGUACAAUCAACGAUAAUAGAAAUGAAGGGUGCAGGAGUGAAAUGCGGCCAGCGUUGCAUAUGGGACCCCGAGACCGAUGACUAUGUGGACGACAUGUAUAGAAACGAAACUAUAUUCUGCUACACGACUGUGUAUGGAGUUUAUAUGUACUGAACACUAAAUAUAGGUGAACGGACUGAGACUUAGUCACUAGGUUUAAUUUGAAGGGAGUUUAUGUAACCUGUUUGGCCGGUGUCAGAUACCUAAGCAAUAGAAUGUCUAGAGAAGCAUCCCACCUAUCAUACGAGUAGAGUUUUUAAAGAUAGAAGAAGGUUGAGGGUACUUGGAAUGGGGGGGGGGGGGAGGAAACCCCAAGUGCACCUCGCCCCCUCAUGUUCAUUUGUUGCCUUGCAUCGUCAAUCAAGGGAACGUAACAACUGCUGUUGGUUGCCCUAAUUUUAGUUAAGGAAUUUUCAUGCCUCAAUGUAUUUUUUUAUUAAUGAGUUUCUUUAUAACAUCUAAAAUACGAUACAUACGAAACGUGGCCUUGCGUUGAAUAAUAGCUAGUAGAAAAUUUUCAGUUUGAAUUAUAGUCCAAGAAAACAUACCAAUUAUGAAGUUUAUUGUUAUACGUCAUUAUUUGGUUUUUAUACAAAAACGUAAGUUUAAAAUAACUUAGUUAUUGUUAUUUGAUUAAUAUCAAAGUUAUUAUGGCUUUUACAAUUUUGCCUAGACCAAUUCGAUCAUAUUUUAAAACAAUUAAGUGAAUAUUUGUAUCUUACAACAUUUUGACACAGUGUGAAGUGUUGCCCUUAAUUUAGCGUAAUAAUUUUGUGUUAUUUAAGUUUUAAAACAUUAAGUUGUAUUUAAAGGGUUUUGUUAAAUUUAACGUCCCUUAUCACUCAUCAUGUUCGUUACCAUUUUUUAUAUUAAACGUACAAAAUAUUGAUA